CACAGUGCUCAUAGACGGAAUGGAAGUUAAGGCCACGAUGGACACCGGAGCCACAGCAAGCUUUAUUAGCCAAGAGUUGGCGGACAGGUUGCGGGCAGUGGGAGAGGUCGUAGCCACGAGAAGAGAGGUGCGGAUGGCUGAUGGACGGUUUGAGGAGGUCACAUCGCUGCUCGAAGUGGACGUAGGACUGGGAGAGAGGACCGUAAGAAUGCAACUGCUAAUCCUCCACAACAUCAUCGACGCUCUAUUACAGGGAUGGGAUUUCCUAACAAAAGUUGGAGCCAGGAUAGCAUGCGCGGGUCUAAGCGCAACGAUACCUGCGGGACAGCUGGUUCGAAGCAAUGUACGCGAGAAGCUGUCAGUGGCAGCUAGAUAAAGACGGAAGAUAAAGACGGCUUCCUGAAGGCAGAGCUAGCAGAGUUGGGAAGAGUCCAA